AUGGAGUUGAUGCUGCUGCUGAUGAAGACGAUGAAGAUGGUGAUGAAGGUGGUCACGACGACGAUGAAGAUGAAAGGAGCUGAUCAAAAAGAUGAAGCUGGUUAUGAUUAUGAUGCUGCUGAUGACGAUGAUGACGGGGGUUAUAAAGGUGAUGAACUGAGGUGCGUAGCUCUCCAUAACAUGAUGCCUGGGUCGGAACUUUUCCUGUCUGAGACUGUAGAAGUCACUGAUGACGAAAACAACAUAGAUAAUAACGACAACAACCACAACAUCAGAAACAACAACAACAAUAUCAACAGCAACAACAAUAACAUUAGCAACAACAACAACGCCAACAAUAGCAGCAUCAGUGAUAAUAUCAUCACCAGUAACGACAUAACCUCUGUUAGUCAGACCAACAACAGCAUUGUCAACAACAAAAAAGUUACCAUCAGAAAAAGCAACACAGACAACAACAACAAUGACAUCAUUGAUGAUAUCAACAACAGUGAUUACAAAAACAACAACAACACUACUACUACCACCAACAACAAUAACAUUAACAAUAACAUCAAUAACGAAACUGGUAAUAAAAAUAAUAACAUUUACAUACAACAACAGCAACAACAACAAUAA